AGGCCGUAAGCACGUCAUGUUGAGUAAUUUUUGGGCCGUAACAUGAGAACCUUCGUUGCAUAUGGAGCUUAACAUCUUAGUGUUUAAUGAUCGAAUGCUGGCAUCAAGACAAAACCAAACGGCCUAAUUUUUCUGAUAUUGUCAAUCGCCUGGAUGAACUAAUUCGAUCCCAAGAAUUCCUGAAAGGUGAUUCAUCCUCUCUCCCAGAGAGUCCUAAAGGAAACCGUACCCCAGAAUUCCAGUCAGUAGACGAGUGGCUACAACACAUCAAUAUGGGGAAGUAUUCCGAAUUAUUCCGGGACGCACGGAUCGAUGAUAUGAACAAAGUCGCUGAACUGAAAGAAAAACAAUGGAGAGAAAUGGGUAUCAGCUUGAUUGGGCAUCGAAAUAAAAUGCAAAAGAGUAUCAAUGCUAUGAAAUCACAACAUUAUAACAGUGGCAUGGAUGCAGAUUAG